AAUUCUGUACCAUUCGAUUCGAUAAAGUGAACUGAAACUGUAUUGGUUUGUACUUCAUUAAGUUUAGUGUUUUUAAACAAAAUCGGUUUUAUUUUUUUCAACACUUGUUGGAAACAGAAAACUUGAAUUCAAGAUGGCUGCAAAAACAUUUUGGGGUUUGUCAUUGCGAACAGGCACUUUGAUUUUACUCUAUAUUCAUCUGAUCAAUUGCGUGUGGAGUGCAAUGUAUUUAAUGGCCAUUGUCAAUAAUCCGAUUUAUAAAGAGUUUCUAGCUGAGAACAUUCCAGCGUAUUAUAUGAACUUGUUUUUUUCGAUAAUUGGUGGAAUCAUUUACUUGGGCUCGAUCAUCUCCAUUGCUAAUAAAACACCUUCCAAUUCUCUGUUAAGCAUAACCAUUGCGUUUUCCAUCAUGAGUGUAAUCUACUCUAUUUAUUGGAUGGUACACCUUAAUCUGUGCGAUAAUUACUUGACAAAAAUGGCUCGUGAAGCGCAAUCUGAUUUGAAGAAACUCCACGAAAUACACAUUGUAGAAAAACAUUUACAAAUGUUGUACCUCUGUAAUAUGAUUUUCGAACUCUACUCCGCUUUGGUUUUCCAAAGCUAUUACGCCGAAGCGAAGAAAAAUGUAUCGCCUGGAAAAAAUAAUGACGAAGAAGCCAACUUAUCAGCUCCACCACCGUACAGCGUUUAACUUUCGUCGAGUUGAAGUUUAAUAAAAACAAUGAUGUUUCACACUUUUCAUUCCCAUGGAGAAUGAAUUGAUAGAGUUGAAACCAUUUCAUUUUAUAAUAUUGAGCUUAAUUUUAUUUUCGUUUUUCAUUGUUUUAUGCGAUGAAAAUAUUUUUUAACCUACAAUUAAUAACUUUUUUUUUAAAUUAUUAAUUUUAUAAUAUAUGUAGGUAGGUAGUAGGUACGUUACCUACCUACCCAUGUUUUUAUUACUUACUCAAGCAUUUCAAAAAUAAACUCAUUAUGCUGCGUUUCUUGAAAA